AUGAGCCUGGGGAAGCUGCCGGUGCUCAGCUGGGUGUCAGGCUCCCACGGCAAGCGGCGGCUGAAGUCGGAGCUGACGCCGGACAUGAUCAGCCCACCGCUGGGGGACUUCCGGCACACCAUGCACGUGGGGCGCGGCGGGGACGUCUUCGGGGACACGUCUUUCCUCAGCAACCAUGGCGGGGACGGCGCGGCCAAGGCCCACGGCUUCUUUGCCCGCACGCUGCGGCACGUCCGGCGGGCGCCGCUGCGGGGCCGCGGCAGCGUGGACCAGGCGUCGGCGUCACCGGCCCCGCCGCCCGUCUCGCCCAUCAUCAAGAACGCCGUCUCCCUGCCGCAGCUCAACGAGGGCUUGUACGAGAGCGGCGGCACUCGGCCCUUGACCAGCAAGUUCUCCUUCAAGAGCGGCUCCAACAGCUUCUCCAAAACUCACCAGGCCUACGGGCUAGAGUCUGGGUUUUGCACCAUUCCUCGUGUCCCUCGCUUGGAAAAGGCCCAGGAGGGUGCCUUGCCUGGGGAAGAAGAGCUGAAGCAGUCAGACUCACUGCUGUCCUUCCGCCUGGAUCUGGGGCCCUCCCUGAUGAGCGAGCUCCUCCAGGUGAUGAGCUUCUCCGAAACCAAUGGAGGAGAGGCAAGGGAGGAUGACUCAGACCUCCCAUGUAGUGAUGGGACCAACGAUGGGGUCCUUCUGGCCUCAGGGGAAUCCCACGGAGAGGACAAGGCAACCUUCAGCUUCUGGGAGCACUCUGGGCAAAGCGGCCUGUCUGGGGCCAGCUCCUUGCCAGGACUGUCAGUCCAUGCCAAUGGAGAGGCACAUGCCAUCGAGGACCCUGCCUGGGCAUCAGGGCCAGGGGCAGUGCCCAGAGGCACCACAUGGCAGGGGCACUGGAAUGACUGCACCAUCGAUACAGAAGAGUUUGACCGGGCAGCCCAGGUCCUGGCUCGUCAUUACGGUGGCACCAGCACCCCACGGAGCUCGGAGAAGGGCGAGGGUCCCCGGCAGGCCCGGACGCAGACCCCCUGGGAGAGCCCCAGCAGCAGCUCCUGGAGGUCACAAGUGACAGGGGAAAGCCAGUCCUCUGAGGCCACCUGGAACCAAGGAGAAGAGGAAGAGGAGGAAGCCAGGCUCUGUGGCCUGCAGGAAGGGUAUGCUGGUGCCCGGGUGGGGCGCAGCAAUUCUUUUGAGUAUGCCGAUGAGGAGGAGGAGGAUGAAGUCAAGGUGUGA